AUGCAGGAUCUUCCAAAGCAGCUAUAUGGCAAUGAUUGCGGCAUCUUUAUGUUGAUGUAUUCACUGUACACUGUACUGGAAGCGCAGUUUGACUUCACAGUUGAAGACAUGCCAACUCUGAGGAAAUGGUGGUGUUUGUUACUGAUGGAGACCUUUGACCUUGGGAGCUAUGGCAAAUUAUUUGCCCAUUGGCUUCGAGGGGAAGUACAGCCAGUUCUGAGGGUGAAAAAGCGCAAGUUGGCACCUGUGCAACAGACAGACCUGUUGCCUGCUACACAAAUGCCAGAUGAGUGA